AUCUUCCCCAAAACACCCACACAUUUGAUCAGAGCAUAUUUAAGACCACCAAAAAAGUUCCACUUUUUUUUUGAAAAAAAAAAAAAAAAAGUUUCACUUUAGGAUUCAAAAAUGGCGUGGUCGGAGCCGGAAUCGUUGUGCAAGACCCACCCGGAGCACAAGCAGCCCGCCGGCGUCUGUUCUUGUUGUCUCCGAGAACGCCUCUCCAAGAUUUCCGGCGCUGUUAUGGACUCUUCCGCCAUGUCUAUCUCAUCGUCUCCGGCCGCCGCGCCCUACAACUACUCCUCCGCCUCCUCUUCUUGUUCUUCCGGCUGCGUUUCCCCCCGUGGCCACCGCCGGAUAACCUCCGACGUGGCCGGCCGGUUCUCGUUUAUUACCGUCGGCGGCGGCGGUGACGGCGGGUUGAAGAAGAGUAGAUCGAUCGCUUUCGCUGCGAGACGGCCGGCGCGAGUGCUCGCCGGCGGGAAGAAGAAAGAAGGGUUCUGGUCAAAGCUGAUUAAAUCGACGGGUAGAAGGACCAAGAAGGCAAUCUGAUUAAUUAGAUUGAAAUCUGUGUAUGAAUUUGGUGAAAUUAACGUUUGUUCCUUGGAUUGUUCUUAGGGAUCAAAUAAUUAAUAUGAAAAAACACGCACAAACUUACAAUCAAGCUUUUUCAUUUUUGAAACUUCAAUUAUUAUUCCAUCUGUUCA